AUGGAGCACGAGAAGUGCUACGUAUUCAAGCCGAAUGACGAAAGGCCGUCGAAGCGACGACGCGUUAGUGCCGCUACGAACAACGCGUCUUUGGAACUGCGGAAAAAGACGUGCCGCGAGCUCUGGGACGCCCAGCAGGAGCGCAUCGACAGGAUCGUUGAGCAUGUGCACCGCGCUACCUUGACCGACAUCAUCGACUACAUCAAGACGGCCGCCCUCGACCGCCACGGGACGUCCAAAAUCCCCACCGGCCUAGUCGUCGCCGGGCCCAGCAUCGCGUCACAUGCCCAGUUCUUCGACAGCCUGGCCCAGAGGACUGCCGGGGAAGCCGACAGUGCCUUUGUUGCGCUGACGUCGAGUGAAUGCCCUAAUCUGAAAACUCUUCUCAAGCAUCUCAUCCGCAAGGCCACUUCUGCCGAGGAUGACGACGGCGACGAGCUCGUAGCUCCUCGGCGAAAAGGGCCCAAGCUGCUCAAUUAUGACCUGCAACUGCUUUUGGAUUGGUGUAAAGAGAGAAAUCCAGCCCAUGUCGUCGUCACUUUCCGCGACAGCGAGGCGUUUGAAGGUCCUUUGCUGGCUGAUGCCAUUCAAUUAUUGAGCUCCUGGCAAGAUCGCAUCCCUUUCGUAUUGUUGUUCGGAGUUGCCACAUCUGUGGAGGGGUUCCAAGAAAAACUCCCGAGCGCUGCCAUCCGUUGCCUCGAAGGUCGCAAGUUCGACGUUGCGCAGGCUGAUGAGGUCCUGGAGCAGGUCUUCCUCAAGACCAUUGAUGGCGGUGCCCCUCUUUGGCUGGGCCCUGAAUUGAGCCGCCAAGCGUUUGACAGACACAAAGACCACAUACAAAGCGUCGAGACGUUUGUCGAUGCGUUAAAGUAUGCAUACAUGUCUCACUUUUUCGCGAACCCUCUAAGUAUAUUUCUCCAAGCGGAGUUGGAGUAUGGGCAGAUUUGCAGCGACGAAAUUGAGGCCCUGCGAAAUGUAGAUUCGUUCAGAAGAUUGACAGAAUAUCUUUUGGACGAGCGGGAUGCCGCCACCGUGCGCAGUCUGCUCGAAUCCGACGAGUUCCUUUUCGACUACGCCAAAGAGCAGAUCACUGCCACCCAGGAGAAGAUCCAGAGUAUCGUACACGCCUGCCAAAUCUUGAAGGACCUUCGCGGCACGAUCCCGAGGCUUUCGCCGAUGCCAGUUUCCGCUCUCUACAUUCGUGCCGCCUCCGGCGAACUCAACAAAUCCCCAUUGAUACGGGACUUCCUGCUCGCAGUCAAGAAGGCCCCCUCCGACAUCCUCUCCAACCUACUCGCCGUCCUCGUCAAAUCAAGCGCCAAAGACAAGCGCGUUGCAAAAAUCCAAACCGACCUCAACGAACUCGUAGCGAGCACGGGAGCGACCGGCCAACCGCUGCGCAGUGCCCACGACGUGCGCCACGACACGAUGCGCACGACCGUUGUCGCGCAGAAGGUCGAGCUGAGCAAGCACAAGUCGGCCCUCUCCGCCACCGACACUGCUUACUCCAAGAUUGUCGAGGAGUUGCAUGGCUGGUUGGUCGACUAUUUUGAGAACGUGCUGGUGCAGCCUCAGGACCUGUUCCUCCACGAGGUCGUCAUAUACGACCUUAGAAGCCCACAUAGGGAUGUCUUCACGCCGAAACCGCGUAUUGCGGUUGAAAGAGCGCUGUCGGCGCCACAUGAUUAUUUGGGUUGUAGCUGCUGCGAGACGGCCAAGGGCGCUGAGGGCGCUCUCUCAUCGACCCAACCUCCAACCGCCAUCUUGUAUCAGCUCUAUUUGGAGUCGGGUAAUCUCAUAAACGUCAACGACUUGUGGCUUGCGUUCAACGCCAUUGUCGGCGAGGAGGGCGAAGAUCAGAGCAUGACCAUGGCGUUGUUCCAGCGGUCGCUCGCCGAGCUGAAGUACCUUGGCCUCGUCAAGGCUAGUAGGAAGAAGACGGAUCACGUUGCUAAGCUGGCCUGGAAGGGCCUGUAG